CUGUCAUUUCCGAACAGCACAGUGCUAGAGUAAAUUCAGCGUGAAAAAGGAAGGAGUUGCAGCGUGUUAGAAUUCUUCCUCCACAGCCUGGAUUAUUACAGGAGACGGAUUUCAAGGGGUUUAAAAAUCAGAGGAUUUAAAAAAAAUCUUUGAAAUGGAGUCCUUUGAGAAUGAGCUUUGUAAGGACAACUGAUAUUUGACUGCUAGAAAUACUGGAGGAAUUUUUCAAAAUGAGCAUUAUUAUGAAGCCAAGAUCCCGAUCUACCAGCUCCUUAAGGACUGCCGACGCAAUGUGUUUCGAUGUAGACAAUGGUACCUCAUCGGGACGAAGUCCCUUGGAUCCCAUGACGAGCCCUGGAUCAGGGCUAAUUCUUCAGGCAAAUUUUGUCCACAGUCAACGUAGGGAGUCUUUCCUUUACCGGUCAGACAGUGACUAUGACCUUUCUCCAAAGUCUAUGUCCAGGAACUCCUCCAUUGCCAGUGAUAUACAUGGAGAUGACUUGAUUGUGACACCAUUUGCUCAGGUGCUGGCCAGCCUGCGUACUGUACGGAAUAACUUUGCUGCAUUAACCAAUUUACAAGAUCGGGCACCCAGCAAACGAUCACCAAUGUGUAACCAACCAUCUAUUAACAAAGCAACUAUAACAGAGGAAAGCUUCGACAACUUAUGCUCAAAGACUUUAAAGUGCUUAGUCUGGUGUAUAGAUGAACUUGAAAACUUGAGGACUGAGGAGUCUGUUGCUGAGAAAGAAGCAAACGUGUUUAAAAGAAUGCUUAACCGGGAGCUAACCCACCUAUCUGAAAUGAGCAGGUCUGGCAAUCAGGUCUCAGAAUAUAUAUCGAACACAUUCUUAGAUAAACAACAUGAAGUUGAAAUCCCCUCUCCAACACAGAAAGAGAAAGAGAAAAAGAAGAGGCCAAUGUCCCAGAUCAGUGGAGUCAAAAAACUGAUGCACAGCUCCAGCCUAACUAAUUCCAGCAUUCCCAGAUUUGGAGUGAAAACAGACCAAGAAGAUGUUCUUGCCAAGGAACUAGAAGAUGUGAACAAAUGGGGCCUUCAGGUUUUCAGAGUAGCAGAGUUAUCUGGAAACAGACCUUUGACAGUCAUCAUGCACACCAUUUUUCAGGAACGGGACUUGUUGAAAACAUUUAAGAUUCCAGUAGAUACUUUAAUAACUUACUUGAUGACCCUAGAAGACCAUUACCACGCGGAUGUGGCAUAUCACAAUAACAUACAUGCUGCAGAUGUUGUUCAGUCAACCCAUGUCCUGCUGUCAACCCCGGCAUUAGAGGCAGUGUUCACUGAUUUGGAGAUUCUUGCAGCAAUUUUUGCCAGUGCAAUACAUGAUGUAGAUCACCCUGGGGUUUCAAACCAGUUUCUUAUCAACACAAAUUCUGAACUUGCCUUGAUGUACAAUGACUCAUCAGUACUGGAGAAUCAUCACUUAGCUGUGGGCUUCAAGCUGCUGCAGGAAGAAAAUUGUGACAUUUUCCAGAAUUUGACCAAAAAACAGAGGCAGUCAUUGAGGAAAAUGGUCAUUGACAUUGUACUUGCAACAGACAUGUCUAAGCAUAUGAAUCUAUUGGCUGAUUUAAAAACUAUGGUUGAAACCAAAAAAGUGACCAGUUCUGGUGUCCUACUUCUUGAUAACUAUUCAGACAGGAUUCAGGUUCUUCAGAAUAUGGUGCACUGUGCAGAUCUAAGCAAUCCAACCAAGCCACUCCAUCUCUACCGCCAAUGGACAGACAGAAUCAUGGAGGAAUUCUUCCGUCAGGGAGAUCGGGAAAGAGAGAGAGGAAUGGAGAUAAGUCCCAUGUGUGAUAAGCACAAUGCAUCUGUAGAAAAAUCACAGGUGGGUUUUAUAGACUACAUUGUUCACCCUCUAUGGGAGACGUGGGCAGAUCUUGUUCAUCCAGAUGCCCAGGAUAUCUUAGAUACACUGGAGGACAAUCGAGAAUGGUACCAGAGCACAAUCCCUCAAAGUCCCUCUCCUGCACCUGAUGAUCAGGAAGAGGGUAGGCAGGGCCAAACUGAAAAAUUCCAGUUUGAACUAACGCUGGAGGAAGAUGGUGAGUCAGACACCGAAAAGGACAGUGGAAGUCAAGUAGAAGAAGACACCAGCUGCAGUGACUCCAAGACUCUUUGCACCCAAGAUUCAGAAUCCACUGAAAUUCCUCUUGAUGAGCAAGUAGGGGAAGAAGUAGAAGAGGAGGAGAACCAAACAGAACCUUGUGUGGUAGAAGACCAUUCUCCUGACACAUAACGGUGAAGAUGCAGUCUCCUUCUCUCUUGCCCUCUCUCUUCUCCUCUUUCUCUCUGUGUUUUUGGGGAUUUUUUUGUUUGCUUUUUUUUUGUUGUUCGUAUUAGGUAGUGGUUUCCAACGUGUAUGUCAUAUGCUACAACCAUGGUCACAACUCACUGUCAUCUGCCAGGACGUUUGUUGAUCAAAACUGACUUUGAUGACUCAGUUUGGCACUCAGGAAUAUUGUAACCAGAAUUUUCACCUCCAUGGCACCAGAAAGCAGGGGGAAGAACAUCCAUAAACUACGUUUUAAUAAGCUGUCCAUUUGGCAGAUUCGAUUAAAUAAAGCAAAGGGUUUUCAGAGGAGUACCACCUGCCAACCGAAUGCUGGUUUGCUUUGACAGUUUUUGAAUUCAUUGUAUUUCAUAAGCAAAGCAUUGGAUAAUGUUCAUCAUGGGAGGAAACAGACAGAAAAUAAACUGAGGUUCCUACUGGAAAACAAAUGCACAUAAAUGAUGGGACACAACAUGAUUCUGUUACCAAUAGGAAGAUGAGCUGUGGAAAUUGCAUAAUUUUCUAAUUUCAAGUCUUCCUGAAACGUGACUGAAAAAAGUGUGACCCAGUGGGUUGCACUAGCCUCUGCAUUUUGUAUAAUACGUAAAUGAGAGAUCUUUUGUAGAGCUUACUUUUAUUAUUAAAUGUACCAAGGUAUU